UUAAGAAGAAAAAUUCCAACAAUGGAUAUUCAUGAUAUCAAUAGUGUUCGUGAAGACGAAAAAAAUUGCUUUUAUUGCGCUCAUCUAAAAUUAGGAGUGACAUGCAUGUCAAUUAUCGCCUGUCUUGAUUGUAUUUUUAGGCUCAUAGUGUUGUGCUUUAAUUUGACACACGUUAAUGCUGAUAAAAAUUUGGAAAAUCAUUCGCGAUUGUAUCGUUUUGGAUACCUUUCUACAUUCAUCAGUGAUGCCUUAUUCUCAAUUUUAACCUUAGUUUUAUCGAUUCUCCUAUUAAUUGGAAUUAAUUUAGAAAAGCAACUUUUCUUCGAUGCCUUUGUCGUUUCCUUCAACAUAUCCUUAAUUUUCCUCGUCUUUCACAGCAUCGGAAUUCUUCUGAUCAAUAAGAGCAUUUUACGAGCAGCUGGAUACUUUUUAUUUUACAUGAUGUAUGGAUUUUAUGCCAAUUCUUUGCGAAUGUUAUUCACAACAGAAUGUCGAAAAGAUGCAAUAAAUGCAACAUUAUUGGCACGUUUAUAGUCGUUAGCAGCAGCAGUAGCAGCAAAUUUUUUUUUCUAUAUGAUUUAAUAUUAACAUUCGAACUUUUUUUUUGCUUUUUGACUUGCUUUAGAUGUUUAAAAAGAAGAGAAAAAAAUGUGUGAUAUGUAAAAUAAGACUAAUGUUCCUUUCACACUCAUUCAUCCGUUAAAA